AUGGACACCAUUGAGGUUCACCUGAUCAACUCUAUAUCAACUGCGUCGACCACAUUCUUCACUGCCCUCGGCUCGCUACGGGAGUUACACUCCGAGGCUGCAGAGUCGGUCGAUCGUAUCAAAGCACUUCGGAAAGAACUCGAGGCCCUUGACGAGGAGAUUGCCACUCGGGGCCUGAACAUAGUGCAGAAGCGCCGACGAAGAGAAAACGUGCAAGCCCUCAACGACGCGGUCCUGCAACUCCGGCAUAUUGUUGAGGGCGUCACAACAUGCGAGUCGCUGGUGGACGCUGGCGAAGUUGACAAGGCUUUGAGCAGCAUUGAUAGUCUAGAGCUACUUAUAGCUGGUGAACAUGACGAGUCUGCCGAAGCAGGACCUCCUGUGCUCCCCCUAUCACGUCUGAGAGACUUGAGGGGGGCAACAGCUCUGAAAGGCGUCAAUGACGAUCUGCAGCAGUUGCGGUCCCGUAUUGGGAAAGCUUACGAGUCCAAGGUCCAGAGCUUAUUACUGGCUGAUCUGCGGAGACACGUUGAGACAGUACAGAGUCGCGAGGUACUACUCCGUUGGGGCAGCUCGUCGUUGCGGGCAAGGGGAGGCACCGCAAGAGAAUCGACUGGGACACCAGCCUACCUCACCUCUACACAAGAGCUGCGCAAGGCCAUCAUGCCGAACCUCCUUGGCCUUCACCGGGCUCAACACAUUUCCACGGCGAUUGCAGCCUACCGGGAGGCCGUACUACGCGAGAUUCGCAAUCUCAUUCGCAGACCGCUGCCCAGCUCCAACGACGAUGAUAACGAGUCCAUGAUGUCUGCCUCAACAAUGAGCGGCGGAAGAAACCUUUCCAAUCAGGAAAAGUCGUCCAUCCUGGCAAGGAACCUCCGAGCGCUCGACCCCAAGGAUGCUGAAGACUUGCUAAAGUCGAUAUACAUUGGCGUUACCGAAACCCUCCGUCGGUUGACGACACAGGUAAAGGUUCUUCUCGACAUCGCAAGCUGUUUGACGGAAGAAGCUACCGCUGCCGGUCUCAAGUCUCCGCCAAUCCGCUCUCCCCUUGCGAGCCCAACACCUUUCGACCGGGAAUUCCCCAGGUUUGACGACUCUCCCAGCUUCGAGGUCCAAGAAGAGAUCCACAAAGCCAUGGACAUUGCCAAUUUGGUUGGACAGGCUGUCGACGUUGCUCAAGACAAGAUUGUCAAAGUAUUGAAAGUACGGUCAGAGCAAAGCACACACUUGAGCCUGUCUUGGUUCCUUCGUUACUUCACCCUAAACCUCUUCUUCGCCAACGAGUGCGAAGCGAUCUCGGGACGCAGCGGCACGGCGUUGAAGACCCUUGUCAACGGUCACAUCAAGGAGUUCGUACAGCAACACGGCGACGCGGAAAAACAGAAGCUGGCCCAGGGCAUGGAAUCCGACCAAUGGAGUGCCAAAGAUUUCAAUGAGAAAGACAAGGCUCUUCUGGAUCGAGUGCUCGAGAGCAGCACCAAGGACGCUGCAGCGUGGUCAGAAGGGAGCAAGAUUUGGGAAGAAAACCGUGAAGAUGAGGACUCGAAUGGAACGACAGCAAACCCACCCGAAACUAAUGGCACAGGGGGAAAGGAAAAGGCGCGGACGGCCGAGAUCGAGAGCGAAACAUUCCUCCUGCCCAACUCUGCCAUACUAUGCCUGGAAGGCAUCUCCCAUUUCCUCCACCUCAUCGGUGGCAUACCGUCCAUGGCCGCCGACGUCGCCACCUCGCUCAUCACAUACUUGCAGCUCUUCAACUCCCGCUGCACGCAGCUCAUCCUUGGCGCAGGUGCUACUCGGUCUGCUGGUCUCAAGAACAUCACGACGAGACAUCUGGCCCUGGCGUCCCAGGCGUUGUCCUUCAUCGUAACGUUGAUCCCUCACAUCCGGGAAUUCGUGCGACGGCACGCCGGAUCCGGAGCUGGGGUGUCCAGUCUGAUGGGAGAGUUCGACAAGGUUAGGCGCCUAUUCCAGGAACACCAGAACAGCAUCUACGACAAGCUGGUCGAGAUCAUGAGCGGACGCGCGUUGCAGCACUCGAAAUCCAUGAAAACGAUCGACUGGGACCAUGACAAUAGCCAGUCGGUACACCCAUACAUGGAAACGCUGGCCAAAGAAACCACCACUCUACACAGGGUGUUGACCAAGCACCUGCCGGAAACCUCGGUGCAACUGAUUAUGGGCCCCGUUUUCGCAAGCUACAAGGACCAGUUCGGCAAGGUCUUCCAAGCCGCCAACUCAAAGAAGGCUACUGGUCGUGACAGCAUGCUCCGUGACGUGGAUUUCUUCAUAACCAAGCUUGGUAAGCUUGACGGGUUCCGGGAUACGGGCGAUUACUUGAAGAGCAUCAUCAACUCGAAAGAGAUUGAGGCCACCCCAUCGCCGCCGUUGUCCGAAAAGCAGGCGGAUGGCGGCUCGGAGACAACGGGCUCGGCGAGAAACUCGACAGCCGAGCCGGGAAGCAGACAGAGCGCAGAGGGAUCGGCAAAGGCAGAGUCGCCUCCAGCCGUCGAAGAGCCCAAGCAGGCAUCAUGA